CCCGUCUCUAUCGACUCGUUCCCCUCCCUCCCUUUUCGUCCCCCACCCCGCAACUGCACCAUCUUCCCCUUCCCUCUGCCGAUGCAGCAAUACGACGGUCUUUGAUAUUUAUAUUCACCAAUGGCUUCGGAAGACAAAGGCCGACCACUGCCAAAAUUUGGAGAGUGGGAUGUGAAUGAUCCUGCUUCUGCAGAAGGAUUCACAGUGAUAUUCAGUAAAGCGAGAGACGAGAAGAAGGGCGGCAAUGGCGGUGCUGCUGGUGGGAACGGGCCAUCUCACGCCAACAACGGUUAUAAACCAAAUAGUUCCCCAGAUUUAACGAACAAGUGGUUUUGCUGUUUCUAAAAUUCUUAACCGAAUUGGCAUUGGGGACCCAGGGAUGCAUAACGAGGGACACCACUUGAACAUGAACUUCAUAUGAGCCAUGGAGCUGGAGAGUGAGGAGAAUGUUUCAAUUACCCCUCAAACAAACACUAAUGUCUCUCACAAUUUGAAGUUGAAAGUUGAAACCCCUGUUUGCCCCCAUCAUUUUUCUUAUAUUUGGUCUGCUGUGGGAGGGAAACGGAUAAUGACUUCCUUCGUAUUAACUUCUUCACCCAAUUAUAUAUGUUGCCCUUGGCUUGUUAUAAAAGAAAGCACAUUUUCUUACAAUUAUAAGCAAAAUUGCUUGUAAAGAUAUUGUGCGUGUAUGCUGCG